GCGCAGUGACCCACCCAGGCCGAGACAAGCCCCCUUCCUUGUUGUUCCACUCAGAGCUGGUGGCGGUUCAGCCGCUCUGCUGCUGUAGAGAGCGCUUUACUGCGUGUGUGCGAGGGCGCUUUAGACAGACUGCUGGACACAUGCACUGGCCGAGUUUAGUCUGAGGGACGGACCGAGGCUUCCAGCAUGGAGGAGGCAUCUCCAGUCAAGCCAUCCGUGGCAGAACUGGCUGGAAAGUUCAAAGGCCAUGCGCACCCAAUACCAGUGACUGAGGAGAGAAAACAUGUUAGGAGUCCACCGUGCUUUCUGCAGUUACAUAACCAGACGGAUGGUGAGAGCGAGCAGGGGAAACCUGCUGUGCCUCCACAUCCCCAUAAGGGCAAGCUUAAGAGUUCUCCACUAAUUGAGAAACUACAGGCCAACCUCUCUUUGACCCCCACAACACUGGCCCCCUCACCCAAAAGCCCAGAGACGAAGCUGCAGCCUGCGCCUUUCUGCCCCAUCAGCCCCUGUGGCUCAUUAAGCCCCACGCUGCGGCCCCCUCAGCAGCCCGGCGAGGAUGAGGUGCCUGUCAGCUUUGAGCAGCCAGCUGAGGGCACCCCUCUGCCCAACAUAAAUAAGAGUCGAGUCAGGCUGUCCUUCAAGCGGCGACCGCCCACUCGCCAGCACAGAAAGUCAGCAGGUGAGGAGAUUUUGGUAGAUACGCAUGAGAGAAGCACUUCCCCUUGUGCUCCACACAGUCCUGAUAAGAAUGGGGAAGUGUUCAGUGCUCCACAGGAAAUGAAAGAGGAGGACCUACAAGACGCCACUGUUGUGACUGACCAAGACACAGAUCCACAGGAAGGACACAGUGGAGGGGUGAGCCAGGACAAUGGGGGGACUAAAGUUACCCAAGGGAAGGAAGAGGGAGAGGUAACUGUAGCAGAGGGCUCAGACAAACCCCAGCCUACUAACCCUGCAGAGAUCCAACACGAAGAAAAGCCAAGUGAGGAACAAAGUCCAGAGGAGAUGGAACCAGUGGAAGAAGGGGGUGAACUGCUCCCCACAGAAGAGAAUGGGGAACUAAAGGAAAAAAACGUCUGAAGACUGAGAUGGAAAAAUCGUAGCUGCAAAAAGUGUAAAGAUCGAUGGAGGACACAUUCCAAAGGAGGGAAAGAAGACACUGGCUGAAUGAAGAGACUGAACUAUUAUUGUUUUGUGACGAUGGACCUGAAUUAAACCUCUGAUUAAACUGUUGUGUACAGGGUUAGAUUACCAAAUCCAUGAUGUCAAUAAACCUUUCCUUUAACGAGCCCCGUAGCGACUACCAUAGCUAUUAACAUGCCUUGGAUGACUGACCGUGUAGACAGGGGUUUAAGAAUACUAAAAUAUUUUCAUAAAGUGAUCAGAAAAUAAGAUGUUUAUUAACUUUGGGAAGGAUAUGCAGCUGUCCUGAUCAACUGUGCUUUUUUCUCCAUCACUGCUGUCAGUGUACUGAUGUAACUUUUUAAUCUUUCUACUUUCUCUUUCUGAGCUUGUGUAGCUUGCAAAUAUACUGAAAAUGAUAAUUUAAUGCAGACAGAUCAGUUAAUAGACCCUAAUUGCUAUGCAAAGUAUGGACUGUGAUAGAGCACAUUUUAAUGGGGGCAUCUGAGGUGGAUCACUGUGUUCACUCAUUCCUGAUUAAGCUACUUUACUACUGUGCUACACUUGAUGACCAUUUGCUGUAAAAAGAUGAUUAAAUUUUGAUUUUAUAUAAAGAGGUUUGUCAGUUAUAAAUA